AUGCUUCAUCUUACGAGAUACAGAUUCCCUUCUCUUGAGCCAUCCAGUAUCCUUCAGGUUCCGAAGCAAUUUUUGCAAGAACGGCUACGACGCGACAUCCUGCAUCGUGCCGUUGUCUACGAAGCGGACGCUGAUAGACAAGGAACCGCUAGUACCAAACGACGCAGUGAAAUUAAUUGCUCUGGAAAAAAAAUGUAUCGCCAGAAAGGUACGGGUUAUGCACGAGUAGGCGAUGCUUCAAGCCCUAUUCGCAGAGGAGGUGCCGUUGCUCAUGGUCCUAAGCCUCGAGAUUUUAGUACAAGGUUGCAAUCACAAGUCUACAGCAUGGCCAUGCGUGUAGCCUUGAGCUACAGAUUCGCAAGAAACGAAUUGAUGGUUUUAGAGAAUAUGAUCGACAUUCCUCUAGCCAAAAGCCGUGUCUUGCAAGAGAUUAUAUUGCAACACCAGCUCGGCCAUCCAUACGGUCGGUCCUUGUUUGUGUUACAUGACGACUACUUUAAUCCUACAAACGCUAACCAAAACAAUUUUCUAAAAGCUGCACCAACUCAAAGCAAAGAUGUGGACCUUUGCCCAGUUAGUGAAUUUCAAGUCCGUGAUGCUCUUAAAUUCGGUAAACUAUUUAUCGAUUCAAAGGCCAUGUCAGUAUUAUUAGAAAAACAUUCUCGCAGACCCUCACUAUUUGCGUCUUCAACCACUUCUACUGCUCCUACCUACCCUUCCGCUUCCACCGUUGCAAACGGAAGUCAGUGA